AUGAGGACAGAUGAUUAUGUAACCCGGUUCCUGGCCCUCUCCAUUCGAGGGGGUCUAGGUAAUGAACAUGCAGUGGAGCUGCUAGAACGCAAUGUGAACCCCCACAUUGCACAACACCUCUAUCUGCAAGAUAUGAGAAAUGAGAACCUCUCAGAAGUGGCAGAAGAGGUUCGCAACAUUGGUAGAGCCAUGGAGCUCUACAAAAUGCAAUUUGGUGGUGGGUCCACCACCAAAAACAACUAUUCCCAGAGGUGCCCUGGGUCAUCAAACCAAAAUCAUAAUCACUCCCACGGGCUCAAGCUGUUUAGGCUGCAGCCAGGACAGGGUGCUCCUAUGGAUAUUGGUGUGGUCCAAGGCAGACAGAUGCGCAGAUUCAAGGGCAACUGUUACACCUGUGGCCAAGAGGGACACAUGUUUCAAGACUGUAGAAAUGUGGUGCAGGCCACCCAACAAAAAAAUAACCAAGGGCGCCAGGUAUGCAAAUUAGGGGCGGGGGAGCCGGGCAGUUGGCUCGAUACUCUGGCCGUUGUCGAUGAUGAGAACUGCUGUUAG